AUGGAGGCUUCUCUUGAACCACUUCAGCUUGGAGAAAUAGCAGAGGAGGAGUUAAAGACCUAUGAUGGAUCUGAUCCAAACAAGCCUUUGUUGAUAGCAAUUAAGGGACAAGUCUUUGAUGUAUCAUCAAGCAAGAGAUUUUAUGGGCCAAAUGGGCCUUACGGUUUACUUUCUGGGAAGGAUGCUAGUCGAGUUCUUGCAACCAUGUCUUUUGAAGAGAUGGAUUUGAAUGGUGAUAUCUCUAGUCUUAGCCUCCUUGAACUUGACAACUUAAAUGACUGGGAGAAUACUUUCAAGAGCAAGUACGUGAGGGUUGGCACCAUAAAGAAAAUUGAUUCAUUGCCGGCGGUGCGAGAUAUCUUGACUUAUGAUGAUGAUGAUGAUGAUACUAAACGUGUCGAAGAUGGGCGACCUGUCAAUGCUGCUAAAUCUGUUGAAGAUGGACCAACAGCAGCAGGACGAGUGGAGCAGCGUCAGCCCAAAGAACGUGACUAUUGGUUCGGAUGCUGCCUAAGACUGUAA